AUGUCAUCAUACACCGUAACAAGGACGUUGGUCAAUUGCAACCAGGUCAUUAUCGAGCUCAACACCGCAACACCUUCAUUCGAAGGACUGCACGAUAUCACCAUGACGGAUCUCCCACCUCGACGGAAGCCCCACCUGAUCAUGGCUCCCGAAGACCGCAUCAGCACACCACACAUACUAGUAGAUCCAGAUAAAGUCGUUGCUAUUAUCGAAUCCGACCACCCUGCUCAAACGCAACCAAACGCGCCAGAAAAUGAUGCCAGCAAAGCCAUUGUUGCUAAUCUCACUGAUUUCCUUGAACAUGAGGUCAACCAUGGUCGCCUCCCAAAAUCAUUACUUCCAAUUCAAUCAGGCAUCGACAAUAUUGCUAAUGCAGUUGUGCUACAGGACUCCUUCCUUGACCUCUUCGACUCUGGCAACCUCGACUUCGCCACUGCAACUACAAUUCGUUUCUCUCCUGACGGGUUCAAACGCUUCUACGACGGCUGGGAACGGUAUUUCGACAAGCUUCUUUUGCGAAGUCAGCAAGUAUCCAAUUCGCCGGAAAUUAUUUGUCGUUUAGGAGUCAUUGGCAUGAAUACGCCCGUCGAAGUGGAUAUCUAUGCUCAUGCCAACAGCACUUGCGUCAUGGGCUUACGCAUGCUCAACCGCCUGUGGGGCUCGGCAGAUUUCCUCCGCAGUGCCAGAUAUUCCAUUAUGCACACGCCGUCCAUUCGUCCUACCAAAAAGGAUCCCACGGGCGUCAGCUGUAUUGUCCCGAUGUGCACCCACAUUGAUCAGACUGAACACGACCUUGACGUUGUGGUCACAGAACAGGUGCAUUCACCCACCGCCCCUUCUGCCACGAUCAUAGCGCGCACGCGAGAUCAUCAAGAAGACAGCACAUCCGGACUACAAACCAAUCUUGCUACUUUGACCGAGCCGAAUCUCGUAUUCUACAGACAUUGCCUCAAGAGAGCAUGGGGCCACGAACCUCACCGGCUCUGGCAGACACUCAAGAUGCACAAGAAGCUAGAUGAGAAGGGCACGAUGAAGAUCACCAGCUGGGAUUGA